UUCAUCGUGCUUCUCUCGUACUCGUAGAUUCGUGUCUCAUCUUCUGGUUUUUUUUCAAAGUAAUUUUAUUCUUACAUUAUCAAUUAUUUUGAUUACUCUUUCCUUACGAUGCCAUGUCUAAGAAGAAGAAGUUAGAUGUAAUUGAUUUCUUGACAGACUUACGCCAUAAGGACAGUAUCAUUUCAACAUAUUUAACGGCCAGAAAUCCUCUGCUGAGUAACGUGGCAAACUUCGCCAAGGCGAAAACGCUGUCCGUCUCUGACAAACUUUCGCUAUUGGUUGCAAAAUUUUCAUUUGAAGAAGUGCAAAGGGUGAAAGAUUGUGUUGUAGAGAGUAGAGUGGAAGACCCAGUGCUAUUGUCGGAGGGCCUAUCUGCCGAUCUGGACUUGUGUUCAGCACUACUGAAUAUUUUGCAUCCUAUCCCAGCUCAACAAGAUAGCAGCUCUUGUUCAACCUCCAGCUCCUCUUCGACCAACGUAUCGAACUCCAACAUCAUUUCGACACUUUUCGCUCCACCUGUAUCGUACUGUAUUCAUUGCGACAAGCACCUCACGAGACACCAUCCCAUCACAAGAGUGAAGUACUUCACGUUACGUGGCUUGCAGUGGGCGAAGAAAGUAACUCUGAGGUGCCGUUCGUGCAAGACCGUUUAUAACUGGAACGAGUACGGCAGCGACGCAACUUAUUGGCAGCUGUACGAAGGGAAACGACGGCCAUCCAUUGAGGCUAAUGAUUCUGUUUUCUUCAGUAGGGAGCUGUUUGACUUUCAGUGCUGCCUUGCGAACCAUUCGUGGGUCAGUUUUUCAGGUUUUACUGAAUCUUUCAACGAUGCAUUUGAUUUGAGCAAAAAAUCUGGUACUGGACUCACUGCCAAGCAAGUGUCCUCGGCAUUUCUCAUUGGAGAGGUUGAGAAUGAGCUACGCGACUUAUGCCAGCUGGACAUGUUCAAGUUGAAGAAACGUGAUGCGGACAUCGAUAAAGUUCUAGAGGCCAUUGAAAAUCAGCGACUUCUAAACACCUAUGAGCAUCCCAACUGUCACAAGAAUUGCCAUGCUAAAGGUUGUGGACGAGUCUUUGUUGCAGAUGGAAUUUGGAAAUUGAGUUUUCCUCACUGCAUGUUCAAGCUUCAGAAUGAGGUGUGUGGGAUCCCUGUACCAAGUCUACCCAAUGUGUGCACAAAGUCCCCAGCCUAUGGGAAAGCCUUCUGUCCUGAACACUGCGCACUUGCUGAGAAAGAAUCUAUACCAACAGUGCUGCGUGCAUUUUUACAGUACUGUGUGGAGAAAAAAGUGGAUGCAGUAACUGCAGUUGCAGCUACCAGUCAAGUUCCAGCGGCACCAUCCUUUAUCCAGGAAGGCCCUGUCUCUGCCCCCAGCGAUGAUGUGAUUGGUGUCCCUUGUGCAGCUACUGAAGUUGGUACACCUGCACCAGACCUUGUUGUUAAUGAAGAUGCACCCGAUGCCCCUGUUGACAAUGAGACUCUGGGCCGUGUUGAAGAUGUGCUUGUUAACUUGCCAUCUAGUACUUCAUCUGUAGGGUCGGUCAUUGAAGCACAAGGUGUAUCAACAUUUCUUCGUCAGCACAGUUCCAAUAUCAGUAGCAUCAUGGCAGCAUGUAUAGAAGAAAAGCCAUCUUCCUGCAAGAAGGACACCGGUUGCAAAAAACGUCUUCAAAAGUGGGCUCGGGGACACUUAUUCAUUGUACGUGCUGGAGGACACAUUGAAUUCUGGCGGUCAUUGUAUAAAUCUGAAUCACCGUCACAAGUGUUUCUAAUUCUACUUUCAUGGCUCGACGUUCAUCUGAAAUCCAUCCCGGCCACUGAAUGGUCGAACCUGGCAGUUGUUUACGACAACAUGUGCCACUUGGACAACAUGAUUGUUGCGAGGUCACCCCUGCCUCUGCCUGCUCCAUGGUCCCACAUGUGGUACGAUCUCAAGAAAUGUGUGGACAGGUUACACAUCAGAAAUCAUACGGAUGCCCAUUGUAAGGUUAAGUACCAUCCAAAGGAUCACCUGGAAGACACAGAUAACACCAUGAUUUGUGAGCAAACAUUUGUGUGGUUGUCCAGGUAUAAGAAAAUCGUCUGUGCCAUGCCGAAGCACCGCCACUUGUUCUAUAUUCACCGUAUGGUAAAGAGGCGUAAUAAGUAUACUGCCAAGUGUUACGAGCAGGGUGACGACCCCAUUCUUCCAGUGGUAAAAAGUGUCAAUACCACAUAGAUUAUUCUCAUCAGUGCAUUGAAAUUCAUGCAGCUCCAAAACAUGGCUUUUUUAAAGUUAUGUUUUUCAGAAACUGUGCUUAGUUUGAUUAAAGUGUUAUAUCAUAACAAAAGAGUAAUUUAUAAUUUUCAUGUAAUUAAAAAACACGGAUAUUGAUGCCGAAAUGCGAUGUUUGGUCACUGGUGAAGCUGACCUUGCUCACAAAUCAUGGUGUUAUCUGUGUCUUCGCUUACACGAAAAUGUCCCACAAUCUAUUCAUCUCAAUAUCUAGGAAUCCCCACGUCAACUUGUUAUUUGACAGGCAGUUGAAAACUAAUAUCAUCGAAGUUUAUUUGAAUCUGUUGUUGAUAACACUUGUGUUAUACAUUGAAUUUAUUUUUGUGGACCAUAUUCAUGUGCAUGGUUUUCAGGUUGGUCGAAUUUGGGGCAACAAUAACAAAGGGCAUAUUAGCAUAUAUUCAUUACCGUCACUCGGCGUGACUUCGCGUGCGUCUUGGUAUUGCCCCAUGGAAGCCAACAAAAAGGUCGAUAUUUAUUAAUUAAUAUCUGGUUGAGCAUGCAAAACUGCAUAUUUUUACUGCACAUGAUAAUGGCGAAAAAAUAGGGUGUUAAUCUUAGCACCCAAUUUUUUUCAAUUUCUACCCAAAAAUACUUGACAUAUCAAAACUAAAAAGCAUUAGCGGGGAUCAACCUGAAAGUUGCAUAAAGAUGCAAUCUUCCAAAUGGGAGAAAUCGAUUUUGAAAGAUUUCGCUGGCGAACAUCCACUUGUCUGUGCAUGUGGGCAAUUGCAAGCAAACAGGGACGUGGCCCUAACAAAUUGAAAUUCAUUCCUGAACUUCCUUAUCAAUAUGAAGUUAUUGCUAAUAGAUGUAAGGACCAGAAUAUAAACUUUUUUAGUCAAAUCUUCAUCGUUUUUGUUUUCUAUGAAAUAUGUCACGGUUCUUCCUGGUGAUGUUUGGCUUAUAAAAUGUACUACUUUUUUGUGCAUUUUCAUUUGUUUGCAUAUUUCUCUUGGAAAAAGCAUUAGUCACAAACUUAUUCUGCAAUUUAGUAGUAUGACUUUAUACCUUAAAAACAAUAAAAUAAAAAUCUGUCCAUGACUUUUUUGAAAGACAUGUAGGUGCACAGUUGUAGAUGCUUAGCCGUAUGAAAUGCGAGUGACGAAAAGAUCUCUUUUUUAUUAUUAGUUUAAAAUGGUAGUGAUUAUAUUGCUGACAAUUGAUAAUUUGCUUCUCCAACCAGUACCAAGUAUAAAAGCAACAAGUAUUUAAACCCACAACCCAGCACAUUAUAAUAGAGAGCCCUUGACAUUUGAAUGCGAGUGACAAAUGAAAUACGAGUGACAAAUGAAAUGCGACUGACGAUAUCACUUUCUAUAAGAAUGCAGACAGAGAAGCUAUUAGAUGGUAAUAUUGAGGGAAGUGCAUAGUACAUGCACUGAGUAUGCAUAUUGUCUAAGACCUAUAGAAGGCAGGCAUCAUUUAUGGUACCCAUGAUGCAUUGCAUCUCCAUAGGAAAUUUCCAAGUUUUAUUUCGAUAUGAACAGUCUGACCCUACACGAAUAAAACUUGUAGGUUAACUGUUGAAAGUCACUUUGGGUGAAAUAAUUCAUGCUCCUCCUGCUAAGGUUGUGUGUUAACUCAAAUAGUACAAUGUACAUGAAUGGUUGAAAACAAUUUUUUUUUUUAACAACUUAAGCAUGGGACUUCAGAAACUAGAGAGCAGUGAAUUUGCGGCUGUACAUUUGUUAAUAUUUUAUUUUUUCAUUGUAAUUAAUAUUUUGAGUCUUUUACAAACUUUGAAGGUUGUUUGAAAAGACAAAAGCCCUGAUUUGAUUAGAAUUGUGAGCACACUGAAAAGGUUAACAAAGGUUUUUUGAAAAUUCUAAGCUAAGACUUGAUAGGAAUUGUGAAGGAAAAGUUUCAUUUUGAUCAUAAUUUCAUGAAAAGACAAACUGAAAUGCCAGUGACGGAAAUGUGAGUGACGGAAAUGCCAGUGACAGCACUUUUCCCCUCUAACUUAAUACAGUUAGUUGUUGAAGGUAUUUGUAACCCUCGUAUAAACUUCAUAAUGGUAAGUUUCUAGUACAUAUAACUUGGUUGUGGUACAUUUGGUUUGAGGAGACUUUUCAAUUAAAACCAAGAACAUUUGUGGCAUGUCCUUUUUACAAAAUGCGAGUGACGUUUUUUUUUUCCGCUCGUGCCAUGCUCAUAUUUAGUAUCAUUAAAAUUUCAUAAUUCCAUACGGCUUGAGCCUUAUAUAUUGAGUAUUUCCAACCCUAAAUUGAAAGAGUAAUUCUCUUUUUUGUAAAAAGUACACCACUAAGAUUGACAAAGGAUGCAAAAAGUGAAAUGCGAGUGAAGCUGGAAUCGCCCAUAUGUUGUUUCAUUCAAACAAAAGUAUAACAGUACCUGGCUGUUCACACUUUGUGUAAUCGAACAUGGGUGACGUUAAAAUGUUAAAAAACCAAUUUGUUUUUUAACAAUGAUAAUGUGCUUUAAUUUGAUACUCAAUUAGAGGUCUUGAGAUAUAAUUUUCUCUUUGGAAAUAAUUUCCAAGAGAAUUCAUAGUAACAUAUUUGUAAGUUUUCCUGAAUAAAAAAUUACUUUGACAUUCAACAACCCAAUACUUUAGUAAGAUUUGAGGCUUUGCAUGGUGAAGAUACUAAAUAAUGAAAGGUUUGCGGAAACACCCAAUACUUUUGAGUAUUUGACACCAAAAAGCUGUCAGCUUUAAUGUGAUAUCCCAAUGUGGAAGAAGUUAAAUGUGUCAGAGUUGCAUUUUUUAUUCACCAUUUCUCUCCAAAACACAAGCUCAUAUGAAAGUUAUUUAAACAUUUAUUUUGUCGUGUGAUUUUUUUUCAAAUAAUAUAAAAUUUUCGAGGAUUGCAAAACCGGUCCCAAAAGUGCCGGAUUCCCAAUGAAAAGUGUUUGAGCGCGGCGGUCAUUGUGAAUGGCAGUACUUAUUUCCAAGAUUGUCAUGGUUGCGAUGCAUGUGUGUGUGCAUGUACUUGAAUCAAAUGCCGGUACAGUCGACUCUCGUAAGUACAAACUCUGUUAAUACAAAAUUCUGGUUAUAACAAACAUAAAGCCUUAGUCCUGACUGUGCAGUUAUGUGCACAAUAAAUGGGACUGAUGUUCCUCUUAAUACAAAAUUCUAGUAUAACAAACAAUUUGGCUAGGUCCGAACGAGUUUGUUAUAACGAGACUCGACUGUAUUUAACGAAUGGACGUAGAGCGUUGCAGUUUCAUGUCCUUGAUCAUUAUUAAUAAUGAAUAAUUUCAUUGUGCCAGAAGUGUCUUCGUAUAGGUAUCAUACCUUAGUCUAAAUGGACACAUGUUUCAGUUCUAGAAACUGAAUGUUUAUUAGGCCAAAAAAUAAAAAGAAACGGUCAUUGGUCAGACCAAAGUUCCGGAAUUGCGGCCA